AUGUGUAUGAGUGUAUGGUGUUCUUCCUUCAACAUGUAUACAUCUGGAUUGGUUCCCCUUUUGUUUUUUGGGGUGUAUGGUGGGGGUUUGUUCGUACACGUAAAGUGUGUUGUUGAUGAAACGCAAGAUGGGUCAGUGAUAAAACAAAACAGGGAACAUAAGGAAAAGCACCAAAAAGAAAUGGUAGAAUUAAAUAAUAACAAACUUUCUCCCCCCCCACACACACACACCUCUUCUUCCUUCUUGUUUCCCCUCCCCCUCAUAAACGGCACUUUCAUUUGGUACCUUUACUUUUUUUUAAAAAAAAGUAUUUUAUUUUGUGACUCAUUUGAAACUGCUACACACACACACACACACACACGGCUCCUCCACGCACAUGAAAAGGAAUAA